AUAAUAUUACAGGUAUAAUUACUAUUUGUAAAUCACUUAAAUUAAUUUCAGAAAAUAUUAAAUAUCUUUAUGAAAUUAUUGUUAGUGAUCAUGGUUUACCAAAAAAAUCAUCUCAAUUAUAUUUAUCAUUACAAAUAAUAAUUGUAAAUUCUUUUCCACCUGAAAUAGAAUUAUUUCAAUCAAAUAAUAUUAAUGGUACAAUGUUAAAAGUAUAUAAAAAUAAUUUUGAUAAAAAGUAUGAAUUAGAAAUAUAUGAAAAUCAACCACCUGGUACACUAAUUGGUCAAAUUAUAGGAUAUGAUUCAGAUAGAGGUGAAGCUGGUCGAGUUACAUUCAAUAUAAUACAAAGUUUAGUUAGAACAUGUAAUGGAUCAUUAAAAAAAACUGAAGAUACUAUUCUUAUUGAUUCUAAUAGUGGUAUAAUAACUACACUGAGAUCAAUAGAUCGUGAAUUUGAUGGUGAUUUAUUUUUAAUUUCAUUACAAUUUCAAGAUCAUGGAACACCUAUUUACACAGAAUCUAUACAUAUUGAUAUUAAAGUUUUAGAUAUGAAUGAUAAUCCUCCAGUAUUUAUAUUACCUUUAAAUUCAUGUGGUAAAUUAGAAAAAUCAAUAGAGUCAAAUAAUAUGGAAAUAAAAACUUCAUGUACUCAAUUGAAUUAUCAACUAUUAUUACUUGAUAUAUCCAAUCAAAUCUAUAAUAUUACAAUCAUUUUACCUGAAAAAACUAAUCAAGAUAUUUUACAUCCAUUUAUUCAAUUCAAAGCAGAAGAUAUUGAUUUAGGCAUUAAUUCAUUAAUCACUUAUCAUUUAAAAGAAAAUUGUACAAAAUCAUUAAUAACUAAUACAAGACCUAUAAAUCAUCUAUUUGUUAUCGAUGAAUUAAGUGGUUGUUUAAGCUUGAUACGUCGAAUCAAUGAUGAACACCUUUCUACUAAUUAUACAUUUUGUAUUAUAGCUCAAGAUCAUGGUAAAGUUAUACAAUAUAAAAGUAUAAUUAUUGUUAAUAUUGAAAUUAAAUUACAAGAUAAUGAAUCAUUGAUUUUUAUGAAUUAUUCUGUAAAUUCUAUUGGACAAUCGAUUGAUUCAAAAUUAUCAAUGAUAAAUACAUAUGUGGAAAGUGAAGAUUUUAAACAACAACAACAACAACAACAACAAACACUGACACCAGUAAUACGAACUCUAUUGUGUAUUACAACUAUAAUCGGAGGACUUAUGAUUAUUGUUGUAGGCAUAUUGAGUAUUAAACAACCAACAUGGUUAAUAUGUAAUCUAUGCAAGAUUAAUUCAAAAGAGGCAGCCAAAGCUGAGCUGUUACAGUUCCAUGAAGUACACAAUCAAAUUGAAGUGCAACAAAGCCGUAAACAAUAUCUGGACAUCAAGAAAUCAGGUGAUUUAGAAAUGGAAAGGUGUCAGAAUCAUCCACUUCUUUGUGCUAGUGUCAAUACUUCGACAAAUGAUAUUUCAAUCACACAGACACAACCUGUACAAAUCCAUUUACCUCAUGAAUACAAUAUAGAACAAGGUACUCAUCCAAAUAUCACAGAUCCCUUGUUAGCAUACUUUCCAUAUUCUUCGCAAUUUCAUCAUUCAAAUCCACCAGAUCCACCUGUCUUCCUUCAUAUUGUACGAACAUGUGAUAUUUUAGAUGAUCCUGAGUUGAUGAAACCAGUGGUAAAGACUACAACAACUGGACAUAUUGUUGAAAAUGAAGACACAAAGUGUAUUUAUUGUAGUGAGAAACAUGUAGAAAACUGGAAUCAAAACAUAGUUUAAUAUCAUAAGAUGGAAUGAUGUCUAUUUUUCAUUGAUUUUCUGUAGUAUAUUGUACAACAUAGAUUCUGUGAACAAGUA